UGCAGUGUGAAGAGUCUGAACAAGAACUUGACAGGCAGUUAAAUCAGACCAAGAUGACUGAAAAGUUGAUGGAGCAGCACAGAUGUGAGAUCCAGGAAGUCAAGCUGAAACACAGGAAACUCCGAAUGAGAUUUGAAAAUCAACUUCUGCAACUGAUAGAGCAGCACAAGCAACUUGACUUUGGCUUUAAUCCAAAGAGACUUCCAGAUGAAUUGCAGAAGUCUGAAAACGCAAAACAUCAGCUUUUAUCAGCUGAACAAGUGAAGCUGGCUCAGCUGGACAAACUCAGCGAAGAGUUAGCGGAGGCGAAGAAACAGAAGCACCUGGAGGCUGGAGCCGCACAGAUUGCCGUGUAAACCUGCUGAGUUGUUGCUACUUUCAGGACGAUAGGAAU